AUGGUUUCCAUCACAGCUGAAAAUGUUACGCAGCUGUACAACAUGACUACCCAGGAGCUCGCAGUCAGUCCACAAUAUUCCCACAAUAAUUCAGGAGUGCAUCAGAUAGAUCAGUAUGAAUGUGUUAGUGCAGAUGUGUGGAAAUGGCUACAGGAUUUUCAGCCUGGAUUUCUCUGGUUUAUAUUUAUUCUGGGAUCAAUAGAAAAUUCCUUUGUGCUCACCGUCCUGUGUUUCCACAAGAGUAGCUGCACAGUGGCUGAAAUUUACCUAGCAAACAUGGCAUUUGCUGACCUAAUGCUGGUCUGUACUUUACCUUUUUGGGCCAUUAAUAUUUCUAAUAAUUUUCAUUGGCCUUUUGGCCAGUUUCUCUGUAAAGCCAUCAACAUUAUGAGUUACAUGAACUUAUAUUCUAGCAUUUAUUUCCUGACACUAGUGAGCAUUGACCGCUACCUGGCCCUGGUGAAAACCAUGUCCCUUGGGCGGAUGAGACGAACCGUCUGUGCCAAAUGGAAUUGUUUUGUAAUUUGGACAUGUGCACUGCUCAUGUGUUCACCUACAAUGGCAUUUCGAAAUUUGCAUUAUUUUAAAGAGUACAACAUCACAGCCUGUGUUCUUCUCUACCCAGCUAGCUUCUGGGAGCCCACAAACAACAGCUUGCUGAAUAUUGUGGGGUUUGUGAUCCCAUUCUGUGUAAUUACCUAUUGCACUGUGAAAAUCAUCAAAGCCCUACGAAGCAGUGAGCUACGAAAAAUGAAGGUAGUCCAGACAGAGAGGAGAGCCACCAUGCUGGUCUUUGCUGUGCUCCUGCUGUUCAUCAUUUGCUGGCUUCCAUUCCAGAUCAGCACAUUCAUUGACACAAUCCGUUACUUCUCACCCACCCUCAAGUGCCUGGAGGACAUCAAUGACAUACUGACCCAGAUAGCCACAUACUGCUCCUAUAGCAACAGCUGCCUGAACCCAGUCUUGUAUGUGAUUGUUGGGAAAAACUUCCAGAAGAAGGCUGCGGAAUUCUACAAGGACUUGUUCACAAAGAGGUGCAGAAAAUCACAGUCUGUGCAGAUGGAAAACUCCCUGGACACUUUAAGAACUUCCAUCUCAAGCGAAUACCCAAGGAAAAAGUCCGUUUUGUCAUUACCCCAAUAGCAUAAUUUUAGGAAAUCCUUAAAGGAAGAAAGCCUUCUAACAUGUCCAUUUCCACUCAUAUCCAUCUGCUAUG